UGGGCAGAGAGGGUGGAGGCUGGCAGAGGGUAGUGAGGAAAAAGGGGCUUGGCCGUUUGAGAUAUUUUUGGGGGGGAAGAGAGAAAAACAGGAGUCCAGAGGGAGUUUUUGAUUAGAGAGAUAGCUGAGAGAGAAAAAAGGGGAAGGAAAAAAUCAGAGCUGGAAGUUGCAGGGCAUUCCUGUGGCUUAGAGGUCAAAAUAGAGAGGAUUCCGGAGAGAGCACUAAAGAGUGGAGGUGACAGAGAGAUUUUUGAGGGUGAAGCUUGAGAGUGGGAGACGAGUGAUGGGAGAGGUUUUAGAGAGGCAUCUUGAAGGCUGUUUGAGGAAGAUCAGAGAGUGCAACUAACUUGGGAGGAGAAGCUUGCUGGUGAAGAAAGAAAAACAGAGGAAAGCCGUGCUGUGGACUUCCAGGUAAGGCCAUCUUGAACUUGGUAUGUUCUUGUUUCUUAAUGUUUUGCUUCGCCCCUUGUUGAUCUCUGAAUGCUGUUUAUUGUUUGCUGUGGACGCCAAGGGCCACAGAGUUGUGUUGGUUGAACAUGUCUAUUUGCAUAUAAUGCCCUGUUUUGCUCCUUCGCAUAUUCUUGAUUUUCCCCUGUAAUUGGCUAGAUUCUUCUUUGUGCUUGAGUUGGAAGAUUGGUAAGUAUAUCAUGGACUUCCAAUUCAUCCCACCAAUUUGCAGCCUGUUUGUCAUUCUUGAAACAGGGUUUUGCUUAAUAAAUCCUCAGGUCUCUUAUCCUUGCUGAGUUUUAGCGAUUCCUUUUUAUAUAUUUCUCUAUUCCUGGAUAUCUAGUUGUGGGAUGUUUUGGUUGGUGCAUUGCCAUUUGAGGGUUCCAGCAUAGGGAAUGAAAGUUGUGGCCAGGCCUCUUGGGUUUCCGGUGUAACAUUCAAAGGAUGUCCGCAUAAAGGGUUUUCGGGAUCUUCUUGGGUAUCCAAAAUCCUUCAGAUCCAGAGACUGGAGUUGCUGGUCUUCGUUAUGCUCUUGAAGUUGCAAAGCCUGCGGAUAAGUGUGCAAUUUGCCUGAGAAGAAUACUGCAGUUGUUCCAAGAGUGGACUGUGAUCCAUAUGGCACAUUUUCCAAUGGGAAUUCCAGUGACAGUGAUGCUUGCAUGUGGCUGGGUGUUCACUGUGUUGACAGUAAAGUGCAAAUACCUCACCGAUCACCACCCUACUCUCCAUGCGUGAACCCAUAUAUUGAGGAUGAUGUGAGGAAGUUGAGUUUGUUGAACACUCUCAGCUCGUCUCGCCAUGCUUAGAUGGAUCUCGCAAUUCAGGUGACUUCUCCAUUAAUCACAAAGAUGGAACAAUUUCGAUCUUCAGCAGGGCAGGGAGUUGACGUGUCUUUCAAAGGAGAGUCCAUGUAUCCCUAUCAAGAAGACAAAUGCUCCAUUAUUUUUGAUGCUUUAAAGUGGGUUGAUUGAGGAAUUGAGAAGUUGUCCUCGAACGACGCCGGCGGCUUGCCGCCGGCGGCGAAACGCCUCCGCCAUCACCACCACCACAGCGUCCAUCUCCAGCUGGAUUCCACUCGUGUUCAAGAGGCCAUGGUAUCAGUGGCAGCAUCCGUAGCAGCAGUUGGAAAUGAGAGUAAGAGGGAAGAAGUGUUGUAAAGAGGGGUAAGUACAGGGAAGUUAGAUGAUGAAAAAGGUGUAAGCAUUGUAGAAGAAGAUGCAGAAUUUUGCUCCCUGUAGUGAUGUGAUUCUUCUUUGCUGCCUUCGUCACAAUGAAGCUGUGAGCAUGGUGGGAAACCUCUUUGAUCAGCGCGAACUAGUUAGAUAUGAUGACGAGUGUAGUCCAUGACGCAGAGCAGCUUGUUAUUCUAGUUUGUACAAAUCGUAACAUCAAUAUGGGAAGGUAUUUAUGUGAAAGGAAGCUGCAGGCUAUGAAAUAUUAACACCAGUCCAAAUGUAAGUGAUCCCGGCUAUUUAGAUUUGGUGAGAAUCCACUUGCUUCAGAUGAUACAGGUGAGGGAAUAUGCUAAGUUACUUGGGACAAGUCUAUCAUUUAGAGCCCCAUUUGAGAUAGUGGGUGAUGUCAUGCCUAUGCAACUCUCCUGCAUUCAGCAAAGAGACAAAUCAAUUGUGGGAAACUCCAAGGUAGACGUCACGUGGCGCAUUGAUAGAUAUUUGUGGAGUUUUUCAACUAGUUCAAAGGUGUCAUUGCAUGAAGAAUAACUGUAGCCAAGGAAAGGGCUGAUCUGGAUGUUCUCUAUAUCAGAGCAUCAAAAUGGGAAUAUCAAGGUGUCGCCAACACACUCAUCACUAUCAUGUUUGCACAAUCAAAAGAGGAUGGAGUCGACCUAAUCAACACGGACAGACCCGGACUGAAGACUUGCUGAGAACAGAGGCCCAGGCUUUGGAGUUAAGGUAAUUUCAAUAUGCCUAGGGAUUCUCAUUUGUGCCACUCAGACUCACAAUAACCUCUGUAAGAAAGGAAGAAGGAUGAGAAAGCUGGCUACAGAGAUUCAAAGGAGAGUCACUAUGAUUCAAGCUUCUUGGAUAACAUGCUGUUCAGAGAGUUUGCCAUAGAGUUUUGAGUUUUUGUUGUGAAAAGAUGGAUGAGAAUAUGUCGGUUAGUUGUGAGUAAGAAUUUCUAUGCUCGGCAUGCCAAGUCAGUAAUAGUUGAAGAUGGGAUCUAAAGGGCAAGCAAGGCUCAUAGCAUCGUGGCCUGAUUCAGUGACUAUUCUGGCAUCCAAUCAAACCUCCAGGGCAUGUAUCGCAUGGCCACCUUCAGGCAUGCUACUUUGGCCAUGUGUCCUUCUCACUUCUUCCUUUCAUCUAUUUUAAAAAAAUAAUUUCCCACACUCUCAUUCCUCAAAAAUAAUUUUUCAAUUUCCAUUUUGUAAAUAACUCUUCAAAUUUUGAUUUUCAAAUGAAUUUCAACUCUCCUCCUUCAUCCUUAGAACCUCUUAGGUUCCAAAGUCUCUUUUUCCAAUAAAUCUUUGUUGCCAUAUUUCCUUUCGGCACACAAUUUUCACAAUUCUUUUGUUUUUUUUUUUAAUGUUUUAAAAUAAGCUAAAAUCAAAUUCCAUAAUUCUAAAUGAUAGAGUUUGCGGGAUUGAUUUAUGCAAAAAUGAAUCGGGCUUUGGUGGGGGCCCCACAUACUUGACUUCAUGACUAAUCGAUGGAUUGAUGGAUUUAUUUGCCAUGCAUGAUUGAUUUACUCCAUUCCUUGAUACGCGCUUAAUUAUAUCUGUUCGUUGUUCACUAACCAUGUUUUCAUGAUAGCGCAUUCGUGAUUGCCGCCCAGGUACGCAUCUAUUCAUAUUUUGUUCAUUCUUUAUACAUGCUUUGCUUCUCAUAUUGUGCAUGAUCGAUUUGAGUAUUCAUCGAUUUUCUUAUUGAUUGCCAUGUCAGCUUCAUUUUAUUAGUAGAGACCCGACUUUAGGGACUUAGAGGGGUGCUACGGUCUUUACCGUACCUUCCCGAUAAGUAACCUGACCCCCGAACCCGAUCCGGUUUUUCACAGACCGCCUUUUCCAAAAUAAGGAGUCACAAUUAGGGUUUUUUUUUUCUUAUUUUGUUUACCCUUUAAAAAAUAAAACAAAAAUAAAUGGCGACUCCAAGUCAUUUUUCAAAUAAUGAAUAAAAUCAAUUUUUCAAAAUAAAAAUCGAGCUCGCCAUUCGAGUGGGAAACGCAUCGAGCAAUCGAAAUGCGGGGUCCACAAAACCGUUUUGUGAUCAAACCGACAUUGAACUGUUCAAACCGACAACUGAACCGUCGAAUCGAACAAACCAUUUGGUUUUUUUGCAAACCGGCCACACCUUAAUCUUACAAAUAUUUGUUUACUAUUUAAGAGGCCCAUUAUCCACCGAUCGACCAACAGAAGUCUCGUUGUAGGUGCAAAAGAAAGACAACUUCAUUGGGCCCAGGAACAAAAUUUGGAUGGCACAAUUCCAUUAGGAUCAUCACAACAUGGGAUCAAAGAUGAAACAUUUGCUUAUGUUGAAAAUGAAGAAACAACUGAGACAUAUUUCUCAUAUGCAGAUGCAUUUGUUUCUACACCAAAGUCAAACAAAGAAACAAAAAAACGAAAAGCAAAAUAUGCUGACAUUGUAAGUGAAGAAUUAAGGUCAAUUAGAGUUGGAAUGAAUGCAGUUGCUGCGGCUCUUGAUAGAAGCAACCUUCAAAAUUAUACAGAAGAUCAAUUGUUUGAAGAGAUUUCUAAGAUUGGAGGCAUGAGUGAUGUAUCUCAUAUGAAAGCAUAUCAAGCUCUUACCAGUGAUAUUGAACUGAGGACAGGAGGGAUGUUGAUCACCAAGACAAGAGUGCUGUUGGCUUCUCUAACUGCCAUUAUGGCAGUUGUUUUCAGUGCUUCCAGCGCCAUAGCUGCUGAAGAGGUUCACGCAGUUGUUAUAGUAGGAGCCGGCAUGUCAGGGAUAUCUGCAGCGAACAAGUUAUCGGAGGCUGGAAUAGAAAAUAUAUUAAUACUCGAAGCCACAAAUAGGAUUGGUGGGCGGAUCCAAAAGAUGAACUUUGCAGGUUUGUCUGUGGAAAUUGGAGCCAGCUGGGUUGAAGGCGUUGGGGGUCCUCGAUUGAAUCCCAUUUGGGACAUGGUGAACAGGCUGAAACUCACGACCUUUUACUCUAACUAUGAUAACAUAUCUUCUAACGCCUACAAACAAAAGGGUGGACUUUAUGAGAAAUCCGAGGCCCAAAAUGCAUUUUACGCUGCUCAAGAGCUCUCUGAAUUUAUCAAAAACGUUUCAAAGUAUUUAAAAGCUCAUAGACAAGAUGAUAUCUCCAUCUUAGCAUCCCAACGCCUUAAAAAUCAGGUCCCUUCUACCCCUCUCGACAUGGCCAUCGAUUACAUUGCCUACGAUUACGAGUUCUCAGAGCCACCACGGGUGACGAGCUUAAAGAAUUCGAUACCAUUGCAUACAUUCUCCAAAUUCGGAGAGGAUGCCUACUUUGUGGCAGAUCCCAAGGGUUAUGAGAGUGUUGUGUAUUUUGUCGCCAAACAGUUCCUCACCACCAAUGAAUCUGGAGAAAUAACUGAUCCUCGCCUCCUAUUCAAUAAGGUGGUGAAUGAGAUAAGCUAUACGAAGAAUGGAGUGACUGUUAAAACAGAGGAUGGCUCCGUUUACAGAGCUGAAUAUGUUAUGGUCUCAGCCAGCAUCGGUGUCCUUCAAAGUGGUCUCAUCAAUUUCAAGCCUGAUUUACCGCCAUGGAAGAUCCUUGCUAUCUACCAGUUUGAUAUGGCUGUUUACACCAAGAUAUUUCUCAAGUUUCCUGAUAAAUUCUGGCCCACUGGCAAUGGAACAGAGUUCUUCUUCUAUGCCCAUGAAAAGCGUGGUUACUACACAAUCUGGCAGCAACUGGAGGAGGAGUACCCUGGAGCCAAUUUUCUUCUAGUGACAGUUACUGAUGAUGAAUCAAGGAGGAUAGAGCAGCAACCUGAUUCUGAUACCAAGGCUGAAAUCAUGGGCGUCCUAAGAGCUAUGUUUGGGAAGAACAUUUCAGAAGCUACAGACGUAUUAGUCCCUAGAUGGUGGUCUGACAAAUUCUACAGAGGCUCUUACUCCAACUGGCCUAUUGGAGUUUCCCGAUUGGAAUACGAUCGGAUAAGGGCACCUGUUGGGAGGGUCUACUUCACAGGCGAGCAUACCAGCGAGUACUUCAACGGUUAUGUUCAUGGCGCAUAUCUUGCAGGCAUAGACUCAGCGAAAAUGUUGAUACGUUGCGUCAAGCACGGUGAUUGCUGUUACUCCAUCCCACCAGAAGGGAGUUGAAUCCUGAAUCCUAUCAUUCCCCCCACUCCUGCAAACCGUAACCUGUUUGGCCACCUUCACGCACAUGCUUCCAGCUUCCAUCAAUUUACCAUGUAGGGAAUUCAUAUGCAUAUGCUAACAUUUUAUGUAUGUAUAUAAGCCAUCAUGAUAUUCUCAA